ACCCAAGUUCUUAUUUUUAUCACAUUUCUCCCAAAAAAAUUCAGAUCUCAUCUCAGUCUCUCGUCCACUCCACCCUGGUCUCUGUCUUCCAAGUGCUCUUGCUCGGCUUUGGUGUGCAUGGCAUUGUCUCCGGUGGUCAAGGGUUUGAUGGUGCCAUGCCAGAAAGCUGCAUUACAGUAAUUAGCUCAUGAAGCAAAGAACCAUAGUUUCUGGGUUUGGAUGUUAUUAGAUAAGCAUAAGGAAAGUUUCAUGAGUUAUAAUACACUGUAUUUGAAGAGUUUGUAGAUGGAUUUCUGGCUACCUUAGAGAUGGCAAAGUUAUUUUUGGUAGAAGAUUAAUAGACUGGAAAUACUGUGAAUGUGGGAAGUUCUAUAGGAAAGAAUUUUAUUUAGAAACUAUGAAAACUUUGGCAAACUGGGAAAUUGUUUUGAAGAUUAUCAGAAAUUAUAUAAACUCAUAGGGCUUCCCACCCAUUAACUUUUUUCUUUCAUGGUGCCUUAUCUACUUCUCAAAUCCCAUGGAGUUAUUAGAUUUCAUCAGAAAGUAUCAUCUACUUCAGUUCUUCAUUCCCUUUUCUAUUCCUCAUUACACUCUUUAUUGUCUCCCAGAAUGUUGUGUUCUUGUGCUCAUCAAGAUUUAUUGCUUACUAGCCCCUCUUCCUCCUCCUCUGCUUCCUCGUCAGAGUCUCUUGUGAGAACAGUUUGUUCUUUGGUCUUCGAGUCUUUUUAUGAACAUGGCCACAGAAUGCAAUUUCCUCCUAGGCUUAAUCUUAAUGUGGAUAGUGAUUCUCUGAGCCAUGAACAGGUUACAACUAUUGUUGCUUCACUCGCAGAUGAGGGAGGUUCCAUGGUUGCAUUGAGUUUCUUUUAUUGGGCUAUUGGGUUCUCUAAGUUUCGCCAUUUCUUGCGGUUUUACAUAGUUUGUGCUAUGUCAUUGAUUAGUAAUGGGAAUUUGGAGAGAGCCCAUGAAGUGAUGCAGUGUAUGCUAUGGAGUUUUUCUGAAAUUGGGAGGUUAAAGGAGGCAGGUGAUAUGAUUCUUGAUAUGCAAAACCAGGGCCUUAUGUUGACCACACAUAUUUUGAAUUCUGUUCUUGGAAUUGCUUGUGAAAUAAAUUCAGUGGAGUAUGCAGAGGAGAUGUUUGAGGAAAUGUCUCAUAGAGGGGUUUCUCCUGAUUCUGCCAGUUAUAGAUCCAUGGUUGUUGGUCAUUGUAGAAGUGGUAGAGUUUCCGAUGCAGAGAGAUGGCUGGGUGAAAUGCUCGACAAAGGCUUUGUUGUAGAUAAUGCGACUUUAACUCUAAUCAUUAGUACAUUUUGCGAAAAGGGUUUCACAAAUCGAGCAUUUUGGUUCUUCAAUAAGAUGACCGAAAUGGGUUUGAGUCCCAAUUUAAUAAACUAUACUUCUCUAAUUCAUGGUUUGUGUAAGAGGGGCAGUGUGAAGAAAGCAUUCGAAAUGUUGGAGGAAAUGGUUAGCAAAGGUUGGAAACCUAAUGUCUACACCCAUACAGCAUUGAUCGACGGUCUCUGCAAGAAGGGAUGGACCGAAAAGGCUUUUAGAUUGUUUCUCAAGCUCGUUCGGAGCAACAACUACAAGCCAAAUGUACAUACUUACACCACCAUGAUCAGUGGAUAUUGCAGAGAACAGAAGAUGAAUCGCGCAGAGAUGUUGUUAGGCAAAAUGAUAGAACAGGGUCUGGUUCCCAACACCAACACCUACACCACUCUCAUCGACGGCCAUUGUAAAGAUGGGAAUUUCGAAAGAGCAUAUCAGUUGAUGGACUCCAUGAGAAUUGAGGGGUUUUCUCCAAAUAUUUGUACUUACAAUGCAGUAAUCGAUAGCCUCUUGAAAAAGGGUAGGCUCCCAGAGGCUUAUAAAUUGAUAAAGAAAGCUUCUUGUGAGGGAAUUCGUUCUGAUAAAGUCACAUACACAAUUCUGAUCUCUGAGCAUUGCAAGAAAGAUGAGACUAAGGGAGCCUUGAUGCUGUUCAAUAAGAUGGUCAAAACUGGACUCCACCCUGAUAUGUAUUUAUACACAACUUUAAUAGCUUUCUUCUGCAGGCAUAAAAGAAUGAAAGAAAGCGAAAUGCUUUUCGAGGAUGCCACAAGGGUUGGCUUGGUUCCAACUAAGGAGACUUACACGUCCAUGAUCUGCGGUUACUGUCGGGCUGGAAAUAUCACCUCAGCAACACAAUAUUUCCAGAGGAUGGCUGACCAUGGUUGUGCACCAGAUAGUUUCACUUAUGGUGCUCUAAUUAGUGGGCUUUGCAAGGAGGAGAAGCUGGAUGAAGCUCGAAGGUUAUACGACGCUGCCUCAAUCGAUAAAGGGCUAUCGCCUUGUGAAGUUACUAGGGUAACAUUAGCCUACGAGUACUGCAAGCGAGAGAACUUCUCGUCAGCCAUGGCCAUCUUGGAGAGGCUUGAGAAAAGGCUGUGGAUCCGGACUGUUAAUACUUUGGUGAGGAAACUCUGUAAUGACAAGAAAGUUGGCAUGGCUGCGUUGUUCUUCCACAAAUUGGUGGAUAAAGACCGCAAUGUGGACCGGGUAACAAUGGCGGCUUUCAUGACCGCUUGUUAUGAGAGCAACAAGUAUGGUCUUGUUUCGGACUUGUCUGAAAGAAUUGGCAAAACUGGUUUGGCAUUACAAACUCAAGAGAUUAGGUCAUUGUAGAUAAAAAUUUGUAUGCAAGUAAUGAAUGUGAUACAAAUUUUUGAUUUUAGAUAAAAUAUGCUAAAAUCUGUGGGACCCGUUAAAAUACAUCAUUGGUAGACUGUAUUUGAAAUUAAAUUCGAAUAAGUAGAAAACAAUAAAAUGAUGUUUUCUCUAUUUUUACA